AUGAUUAAUAACGAACCUGAUGCUCCAUUUAAUUCUAAUAAACAACCACGUCAUCCAGGUUUUACCAUUGGUCGUAAAUGGCAUUUAAGUUUUUCUAUUGUUGCUAUUUGUUUGUCAGUACUUAAUGUUAUAUUUGCCAGUGGGCAAUCAAUUGGUUUAGUAUUAUUUCUAGGAAGUUUUAAUGGACUUACAGGAGUUUAUUUUGUUCUCUUCUUCUGUUCACUUUCAUUUACAAUAGUAUUUAGUAUUAUGUCAGUAUGGUUUGGAUAUAAAAAGCAAAUAACACAUUCAAUGAGAUCAUCUCGUUGGAUAAAAUAUAUGCUUUUAGUUGGUGUUUUUGAUGCAGCCAACGGUUUUUUAUUUGUAUUUAGUUCACAUGGUACUCGUGUACCACCAGCAUUAUCAUCAAUUCUUAUACAAUCCAUUAUUCCUUGUACAUUUAUAUUUUCAAAAUUUCUUCUACCUAAAAAAUAUCAUUGGCGACAUAUAUUAAGUGUAGCUCUUGUGCUUGUUGGUGUUGGAUUUAGUCUUAUACCAACAUUUAAACGAAUUCAUGAUGGUACGGCUAAAACAGAAUUAAAAGAUGGUUGGUAUUGGCCAUUUAUAUUUAUAGUAGGUUGUAUACCAGCUGCUUUAAUGAAUAUAGUACAAGAACAAUUACAAAUAAAAUAUACUCAACAAGCACGAGAAAAUCAAGAAAAAAUUACAAGAUUUUCAGUUAUGUAUUUUCAAGCUGUUGAAUCAACAUUUCAAUUUUGUACAAUUGCAUUAUGUUUUGCACUUGAUUUAGUACCAAAAUUUGGUACAUCAAACGAUAUUCAUUCAUUUUGGACUUCAUUUUCAAAUGGAUUUAAAUGUUUUUUUAAUGAUAAGAGUCUUAGCGGUGGUCGUUGCCAUGUUGCUGGAGAUGUCGUUCCACCUGACGGUGCGCGGUUAGUUGUCGAGCUCGAAGCUGGCCGCUGUGUGGAUGUCGUUCCACCUGACGGUGCGCGGUUAGUUGUCGAGCUCGAAGCUGGCCGCGGUGCAGUUGUCGUUCCACCUGACGGUGCGCGGUUAGUUGUCGAGCUCGAAGCUGGCCGCGGUGUGGAUGUCGUUCCACCUGACGGUGCGCGGUUAGUUGUCGAGCUCGAAGCUGGCCGCGGUGCAGUUGUCGUUCCACCUGACGGUGCGCGGUUAGUUGUCGAGCUCGAAGCUAGCCGCUGUGUGGAUGUCGUUCCACCUGACGGUGGGCGGUUAGUUGUCGAGCUCAAAGCUGGCCGCUGUGUGGAUGUCGUUCCACCUGACGGUGCGCGGUUAGUUGUCGAGCUCGAAGCUGGCCGCGGUGCAAUUGUCGUUCCACCUGACGGUGCGCGGUUAGUUGUCGAAGUCGAAGCUGGCCGACGUGUGGAUGUUGUUCCAUCUGACGGUGCACGGUUAGUUGUCGAACUUGAAGCUGGCCGCUGUGCAGUUGCCGUUCCACCUGACGGUGCGCGGUUAGUUGUCGAGCUCGAAGCUAGCCGCUGUGUGGAUGUUGUUCCACCUGAUGGUGGGCGGUUAGUUGUCGAGCUUGAAGCUGGCCGCUGUGUGGAUGUUGAUCCACCUGACGGUGCCCGAGCAGUUGUCGAGCUCGAAGCUGGCCGCGGUGCAGUUGUCGUUCCACCUGACGGUCGCUGUGUGGAUGUUGUUCCACCUGACGGUGUCCGAGCAGUUGGCGAGCUCGAAGCUGGCUGCGGUGCAGUUGUCGUUCCACCUGACGGUGCCCGGGCAGUUGUCGAGCUCGAAGCCGGCCGCGGUGUAGUUGUCGAUCUGGGUGUUGUUGACCAAGCAGUUGUUGAUCUAGAUGUUGAGAUGAAAGUGGUUUGA